GUGCCAGGUCUGCUCGACGGAAUGAUCACAUCACUGUAGAGCACAGUGUGGUAGAUGAAGGUGGAUGAACGAGAAUAAGAAGAGAAAGAAGAAGUCGCUUCAAUUCUACAUCAAAGAAUCUAUCAUCACUGACUCGAAGGAAACGCUUUUGAGAAUGGAGCCUUGUUUCUUCCAAAGUCAAAGGACUGUGCCCGUGCCAGACUACCAUCCCCACCAAAGCAGCGAUCCUGAUCUGGGGAACAUCAAAGUACUCCAGAACCGCUCAGAGCUCUUCCGAGCAGAGAUCAGGAGGCUGAUCAAGCAAAGUGAGAGAACGUGCAAAUGUCUCCAGGACGACAUCAACAAAAAAAUAGACCAGCAUGCAGGAGAUAUCGAGUACCUGAGGAGGGAGCUGGAGGUGAAACAGGAGGACAUCAUCAUCGAGAUGGAUGUCCUCGAGGCUUUGCAAACCAGAGUGAACAAAGUUGUGAAGGCCUGCAGUGAGCCCCUGAAGGUCACAGUCUACUGCAUGGACGAGAGAAAGAAACGUUUCCCGUCCGACAGGCUGAUCGACGAAGUGGAUCAAGAGCUGCUGAAGGAGAAGGAGCUCAUUGAGGUGGCCAGAGCUGUUCUGCAGCACGUUAUUAAACAGAUCGUUGAACAAAUUCGAAUGAACCGCACUUUGAAUCAACAAAUCGAACAGGACCUCCGGGAGAAGUCUCAGACCCAGUUCAUCAAUAACUACUGCACGAUAAUGAACACGCUCUCUCUCUACCACCCACUUGGGUCCAAAUGGAACAGCGACGUUCUGCAUAAGCUGACUGAGAGUCCUCGAUGGUGGGACAACAUCUGCAACAUGAACGCCACCAGAGCGGAGCAGCAGAAGACUCACUCCCAGUCGCUGCGCACUCAGGUGGAGUCUCUGCUGGAGCAGACCACCGCAGAGAUUCAGGCACAGAUUCAGACGACCACAGACACUUUUGGGCAGAAGAUCCACGAGAUCAAGACGGCAAAAAGCCAGCUGGAGAAACAGCUGGAAAAGAUCCUGUCAGAGUUUGCCGGGCAACAGAAGGUCAGGGAUGAUCUACAGGCGGCUAUUCUAGAAAACAAACAUUUCCUGAACGUGGCCCAGGCCAAGCUGGAGGUGUCCCACCAGAAGCUCGCCAUUGAUCGAUCUCAAAGUGAGGCACCCAUAGCCGAACUACUGGAAGAGGUUGAGAAGCUGAAUGAGCAGAUUUCCAAAAUGCAGAUGGCAGCCACCCAGUCUGAGGUGGAGCAGAUGGAACUGGUUCGCUGCCAGGUGGAUCUGGAGGAGCACAUCAAGAUCAAGAGCAACUCACUCUACAUCGAUGAGGUCAUUUAUAAAUUCAGAGCAGGAAGAAAAACCUCCCUGCGCAACCUGCUGGUGGAUGUGUUUGCGGUGUGAAAGCGAUUUAAGAGGUUGCUCCCUUAAAUCCUUGCUGGGGCUGUGUGGCUGUUCUCACAGCCAGAGACACAGGCCAGGGGCCGACGCCUGGGUGGACAGCAGAGAGACAGCUCUUCGCUGAUCAGGUGGCCGAAGCAUUCCCGGUUCCAGAGUCGGUCCGUGGAGCGAAGCGCACCAUGAUAGACUGGGCUACUGCUGUCCUGCUAUAUACCAGGCUACCAGAAUCGGCUGCUACUCCGAGGGUGGGGCCAAACAUUGGACCACAGAAGGAGUGCUCAAGCUAACUAGCUGUUAGGUGUAUGCAGCAGCGCAGAGUCGAUUCACCAGCUGAAAGCUACAAACCAAACAGGCUGAAAAACAGGACCAGCUCUGUUCAGCUGGGGGCAGUGAGCAGUGAAGGAGUGCUGCUCUCAAGGUCACUGCUCAUCCUCAGCUGUGGUGUGGACCACCAGUCCCCUCCCUGCUAAACAGAUGAUGUAGGAACUACAUAAAAGUCUGCACCGGGGAGUCAAUAAA